GCAAUUUGGGUGAGGGGGAGCACUUGCUUCUCAAAGGGUCGAAAAUAUCCACUGCCUCUGGCAGCUGCGGAGACAGCAAAGUAGCAUCUCUGAGAGGAAGGGAGGAGAGGCACAAUGGGUACUAUGGAGUUUCAAAAAGACCUCAGUGCGGUAGCUCUAGAAAUGCUUCUCAUAGUCCAGCCUGAGAAGAGGAAGACCAUGCAGAGAUUGCAGUUAGACAAACAGACGGAGAGCCAUUCUUCACACCAAAGCCAAGGGUAUCUCUGGGACGGGAACAGAAACAACAGGCGACAGCAAUACCAAGGAAAUGACCUUCAAGGUCAUGAGGUUCAGAUGCAGCAAAUCAUUACAUCCUGCUCAGAUCAAGGUACUCAUGUAACGGUAGAGGUACAUGCUAGAAAUUCCACCCCACAGUUGCUCAAGAAACUCUCUUUUGGGAAAGGUUUUCAAGAGAAUGGAAAACGCAGACUCCGCCCCCCUGGCUGGAAAGACCAGCAUGCUUACCCAUGGGACAAGUCCUGCUUGAAAUCCAUGCCUUUAGACCUGAAGCAAUUUGAGAAAUUGGAUGCAUAUGCAACAAAGGUGACUGCCAAGGGUAGUGUGGAGGAUCUGGUAAAAACCUUGCUCCGUGUCGCACAUACUGACCUUGAAAAAGUCAGGGCCAUCUGGACAUGGAUUUGCCACCACAUAGGAUAUGAUGUUGUGGGCUUCUAUAAUAAAGAUCAGCUGUCUUUCAAGCCCAAGGAUGUCCUUCAGAGUGGAAAGAGCAUUUGUGAGGGAUACGCUGGCCUCUUUGAGCAAAUGUGCAGCGUUGCAGGGGUGCAGUGUGUGAACUUAUCUGGCCAUUCUAAAGGUCAUGGCUACAGGACUGGGCAGACCUUUACAGGAGAGUAUGACCAUGCCUGGAACGCUGUUUACCUUGAUGGCAGGUGGCAUUUGGUGGACAGUACCUGGGGGAGUGGCUCUAUAGAUGACUGCUUCAGUAAAUUCACUUUCAGAUACAACGAAUUUUAUUUCCUUACCCAUCCUGCCCUAUUUAUUAAUAAUCAUUUCCCAGACAACAGCAACUGGCAGCUACUCAAACCAACUGUGACACUGAAACAGUUUGAGAGCAACAUGUUAUACAAGAGUGACUUUUACAAGAUGGGAUUGCUGGCAGCCCACCCAGAAACACCAAUUAUUCAAACAGUAAAUGGGAAAGUAGCAAUAGCGGUGGAGAGCCGUUCCCCGAUCCUGUUUAUGUUCGAGUUGAAAGGGGCAAAGGAAUAUAGCUUGAUGACUCUGAAGAACAGUGGUAUGAAUCUGGAGCUCUAUCCGCAGAAGACAGGGAGCCAUAAAUUACAGAUAUACGCCAAGCCGUCCAAAGGCUCAGAGGAGCUCUACAGCUGCGUCCUAGAAUACACUGUAGAAUGCAGCUCCGUAGACAGGAACAUCUGCUUUCCAAAGGAACUCCAUCAACCUGUAGGACCCAGCUGGUCCUCCGAGAGGCAAGGGUUCCUCAAGCCUUCACACAGAGGCCCAAUUAUCAAUACCAAUGAUGGGCGCUGUGACCUCAGCUUCAUCCUCAGUAAAGACUUGAGAGUUCUAGCCUCACUGCAUUAUGACAACAAAAGCCGCACUGAAGAAACAAGCAGACGGCAUAUCUUGCAAGUCUGCCAAGGAAACAAGGUCGACUUUAAGAUCCACCUCCCCCAUGCAGGGAAUUUCGCUCUUAAAAUUUUCUCAAAGAAGAAGUCAGAUCCAGGCAACUAUAAUUACAUCUUCAACUACCUCAUCUCCUGCCCAAAUGCCGAUGUCAAGUGGCCGGUGUUUCCCCAGACUUACAGUAAGUGGGCAGAAGGCUUUGAACUGGUGGAGCCGCUAGCUGGACUUCUGACAGCCAACCGCAACAUCAAGUUCAAACUCAAGCUUCAUAGCAUCACCAAAGCAUUUGUUCAAUGUGAAAAAACGUGUCCCCUCUCUUUAAGUAAGGAGGGUUACUGGGAGGGAUCGUGCAGCACUUCUGGGUGCACAGAGGUGUUUGUGAUGGUGCUGGAAAAUGCCAACCACAAGUUCUACUCUCACAUCUUGAAAUAUGAGGUGGAGUCCCAGUAAGAGGUCAUUGUGAUCAGCCCAAUG